AUACACACCACCCCAUUGACGAGCUGUCUUGACUAAUUCAAUUUUCAAAUUAAUACAAUCUCUAUCACCUUCUAGACGCAGAUAUGUUGAGUUGAACUUUUUUUCUCUUUCUUGUUGGGCGUUUCCAAAGUCUUCUCUACAUGCAAUCGUCCUCUCACAUUGCUAAAUGCCAGCAAUUUUCAACUUAUCGUACAUCUAAAACAUUGCUGAAAAUUACCUACUUAUCCUAUUUGCCUGCAACCAUGCCCUUUCCAUGGUGGAAGCCUGUUAAGACUGAACCACCAUCCUAUUCAUCCCUGAAGCGGGAAGAAGACGACGGCUCUGAAGACAACCUCAACUCGGAGAAUGGCUUCCUCGAAAACCCUAGCCAGGAUCGGCGUGCAAGAAAGCGAUUCAUACUGUCCUUGACUAUAAAUGGAGCAUUAGGUGUAAUCCUUGUGCUUCUGCUGUUGUUGGGUCCUCCGAAGGGCCUAGCAAAGAAGAGAUUAUUACCUACUCCGGUUCCAGAUUUCCCCAACGAGGUUCGAACCUUCAAAUUGGACCCAUUGUAUCUCUCUCUCCCAUCAAAGGAGAGCAAUGAAGCUUGGGAGAGUUUGCCUGGCCCGAAUGGAAUGGGUUUUAUUCGUUUGGAGCCAGAUAAUGGAUUCGACUUCCCAGACACCAAGGCAGGCUUGUCUGUAUUUCAUCAAUUACAUUGUUUGGGCGCGUUAAGAGGCUUCAUGUGGGAUUUGGUGUACGGGCGGGUGGACACGGAGAGGAUGCUGCGCGGAUGGCCCGAAAACGCGACAACACCGACAUAUCAUCAGGCAAUACAUGGUAUGUGGCACUAUGCACACUGCUUCGAUUAUCUAAGGCAAGGUAUACAAUGUUCUGGGGACACUUCACUAGAAUUUGUGUCAGAGAACACCGGGUUGGCUGUAGUUGAUGGGUUGGACUAUCCGCAUGAGUGUAAGAACUGGGAUGCACUCUGGGGUUAUGCUAGGGAAUACAUGUAAUUGGAAUAUUGAAAUAAUUACUCGAUAGCAAGAAACUAAGCCCCAUGCCUCCAUAGGAACAACAAUUUC